AACAACACGGAAGCGAAAACGAAUUGAAAAGGAGGAAAGAUUACAUGGCCGGAAGUUUGGUUUCCGUCGUGGCGGUGGUGGUGGUGGUGGUGGCCGUCGGAUUCGUGGAGGCGCAGCAGCCGGACUGUGCUUCUAAGCUAGCGAGUUGUGCGGAGUUCCUGAAAUCCAAUAAUCCGCCGGCGACGUGCUGCAAUCCGAUAAAGGAAGCGGUGGCGACGCAGCUCGAUUGCCUCUGCAACCUCUACACCUCGCCGGAUUUCUUUUCGUCGAUCGGCGUUAAUGUCUCCGACGCUCUCCAUCUCACUAAGGCCUGCGGCGUUCCUGUCGAUCUCUCCAAGUGCAAAACUGGUGCUCCGGCUCCGUCACACGGUUCUCCGGCUCCGUCGCACGGUGCUCCAUCUCUACCGGCAGUGGGUGGAUUUACAUUUCUGCUGUUGUUCUUCGUCUCCCUCGUCUUUUAUUAGCAUCUCAGAUAUCGUCCAUAAUCAAUUGAACGUGUUCGGGUACCUAGCAUCGACCAACUUUGUAUGUAGUUUAGGGGUUAAAAGUAAGGGAAAAGCAGCUUAUUUGUUUGAUUUGAGUAGAAGUCUCGUGGUGAUUUUAUCACUUUUUCAUUAAUGUAAUUGUUUUAUAUUUGAGUUAUAGUAUGCGAAGAUUCCAAGUCUA